AUGAGGCGGAGCGGCACGGCCCUGUCCUUCCUGUUGACUGAGCGAGUCCGGGAGCCAGUGGAUUCUGGAGUGGCCCCUGUCAGCCCCCUAGGUGGGGGUGUGAUCCUGAGACGGUUCUCAGGGACCCUGCUGUUGCCUCCACUGUCCAGCCGCCUGGGGUCCUCUGGGGAGGUGGAGUCUGCUGCCCACGUGGUUUUCACCAUCGGAACUCAAGGGACAGAGAGAAGCCAUGGCUCAGCUCGGAGCAGCUUUGACCUGGAGAAUGGGCUCCCGAGCGGCAAGGGCCCCCUGGACGCUCAGUCCGGGCCGAGUCUCGGCCGCGCCCUCCAGCCCCCUGUCCAUCAUGGCCAGCGGCGCGAGUCCUUCCUGUACCGCUCGGACAGCGACCAUGAGCCUUCACCCAAGGCUGUGUCCCGGACUUCCUCGGCGGCCAGCGACCUACAUGGAGAAGACAUGAUUGUCACGCCCUUCGCCCAGGUCCUGGCCAGUCUCAGGACGGUCCGUAGCAACGUGGCUGCCCUUGCACAUGGCCCGGGCAGUGCCACCAGGCAGGCGCUCCUGGGGACCCCUCCGCACAGCAGCCAACAGACCACCCCAGCAGAGGACUCUGGGAUGCAGCUGCUGCAGGAGACACUGGAGGAGCUGGACUGGUGCCUGGAGCAGCUGGAGACACUGCAGACUCGUCGCUCGGUGGGCGAGAUGGCCUCCAACAAGUUCAAGCGCAUGCUCAACCGCGAGUUGACCCACCUGUCGGAAACCAGCCGCUCAGGGAACCAGGUGUCAGAGUACAUCUCGCAGACUUUCCUGGACCAGCAGGCUGAGGUGGAGCUGCCUAAGCCACCCCUGGAAGACGACCCACGUCCCAUGGCCCAGAUCACUGGGCUGCGUAGGUCUUCCCACACCAGCCUUCCCACAGCUGCCAUCCCACGCUUUGGGGUCCAGACAGACCAGGAGGAAGAGCUGGCUAAGGAGCUUGAAGACACCAACAAAUGGGGACUUGAUGUGUUCAAAGUGGCUGAGCUGAGUGGGAACCGGCCUCUCACAGCCAUCAUAUUCAGCGUCUUCCAGGAACGGGACCUGCUCAAGACGUUCCAGAUCCCAGCGGACACGCUGCUGACGUACCUGCUGACACUAGAGGGACACUACCACUCCGACGUGGCGUACCACAACAGCAUGCAUGCUGCCGACGUGGUGCAGUCCGCGCACGUGCUGCUGGGGACCCCAGCCCUGGAGGCCGUGUUCACAGACCUGGAAAUCUUGGCAGCUAUCUUUGCAUGUGCUAUACACGAUGUAGACCACCCGGGUGUCUCCAACCAGUUUCUCAUCAACACCAACUCGGAGCUGGCACUGAUGUACAAUGACUCAUCGGUGCUGGAGAACCAUCACCUCGCCGUAGGCUUCAAGCUCCUGCAGGGGGAAAACUGCGACAUCUUCCGGAACCUCAGCACCAAGCAGAGACUGAGUCUGCGCAGGAUGGUCAUAGACAUGGUGCUGGCCACAGACAUGUCUAAGCACAUGAGCCUUCUGGCCGACCUCAAGACCAUGGUGGAGACGAAGAAGGUGACAAGCCUUGGUGUCCUGCUCUUGGAUAACUACUCUGACCGCAUCCAGGUCCUCCAGAGCCUGGUGCACUGCGCCGACCUCAGCAACCCCGCCAAGCCGCUACCUCUCUACCGCCAGUGGACGGAGCGCAUCAUGGCCGAGUUCUUCCAGCAGGGUGACCGGGAGCGUGAGUCGGGCCUGGACAUCAGCCCCAUGUGCGACAAGCACACAGCCUCGGUGGAGAAAUCCCAGGUGGGAUUCAUUGACUACAUCGCUCACCCAUUGUGGGAAACAUGGGCUGACCUUGUGCACCCUGAUGCUCAGGAACUGCUCGAUUCCUUGGAAGACAACAGAGAGUGGUAUCAGAGUAGGAUCCCCUGCAGCCCUCCACAUACCAUUGGCCUGGACAGGUUCAAGUUUGAGCUGACCCUGGAGGAGGCAGAGGAAGAGGACGACAAGGAGGAGGAUGAGGAGGAUGAACAGCAGUGCACAGCACGGAACAGGGAGAGCUCAGACUCACCCAGCACUUAACUCUCGUCCUCCAAGGCCAGCCCAGAGCCCAGGGUCUGCUUUGUCCAACAAGAGUUGGGCUAGCCUAGUGCGGACCAUGGAGUCAUGGUCAGGCCAUUUGGCCACCUAUGGGCGCUGAUGACUUUUCUUUCCACUGGUCAAAAGGGCAGCCAAGAUUUGCAUAUAGUCAAGCCUUGAGGUCCACUCAAAAGCCCGAGGCUGGUGCCAGCUCUAACCACAGGCUUGGCUGGAAUGGCACCAGGGCCUGGGCAGUGCCACCUCAUACAUCUCAGAAGAUGGAUUCAGCUUCAGUCUGCAUGUAGGCUGCAGCACGUGCAGGACUCUGCUGUGGUUUCUAGUCGGUUUCUUUUUGGUGCUAAAGAUGGAACCCCAGAUUCCCCAUGGACUCUGUGAAUAUAGUGACCCCAGCCCCAACAUCACCUCUCGAUGUCCUGCCUUCACCAGUCCACCCACAAGCUUUAACUGAGUCCCUCGGGGGAAAUCCCUUUCAUAAAAUGCAGGCAGGGACCACCUCCCACCAAGGUCUGCUGUCUCCUGACAGCGUUGGCUCCCCAAGACUCUUCUUAGAUACUGGGAGGUCGAUGACCCUCCUAGAAGACCCCUGCAGGCCUCACUCAGUCUUCCCAAGAGCUGCUCAUACACUUCAGGAAACUGGUGGUGAAUCAAUGAGGAUCUCCAACAAGAUCAGGAUUCUCAAACCAGUGUGCCAGCUUGCCUCUGUUCACCACAGGCAUUCUCCAGACUCUGGAGGUGGAGACAGCUGGUCCAGGCUGUGAAGCUGGACUAGA